AUUGGCAUCUCGAUUACAAUUUUAUAACAUUUCUCAAUAUGACACGUCGAGAAAGACAGUAAAACACGGUGUUCAGUCAAACGUGCGUCGAGUGUUCGAGUGCCUUGUGACAUUAAACUCAAUAUAAAUAAACAAAUAAAAAUCAUUCUAAAGUAGUUUAAAUAAAUAAAACCUUAAAACUCAAUAUAUGCAAGCAAGUAUAUUAUUAACCAAGUUGUGUGUCGGUAUUGGCUUGCAAUAAUAAUUGGCGUUUCAGUAAAAAAAAAAAAACAAAAUACUCAGUAAAAGACAAUAUACCAGACGACGAUUAUUUACAAGUUACAUGCUUUUAUUUUUUUUUCUUUUUGACAUAAUACAUUAACAAAUGUGUAGGCUUAAAUAAGUGUUAAAAAAAAAAUUUAUAUUAACUCACAUGGACUAGAUUUAUACAGAUGACGCAAAAUUGGAUUAAAAAACGUCACUGAAAUAAAAUUAAAUUAAAAAACAUUUCAAAGUGAGGAGUGUUUUUUUGUUGAUUUAAAUUUUAUUGACAUAAAAAAUUUAACGAAAAUUGAAUUAACAAUGCCAACGGUUUUUUUGGCACGUGUGCCAGUGCCAAAUUUUCGAUUGUACACAGCAAUUAGUGUUGCAAUAUUAUCAUGCUCAGUAUACUAUGCAGCACAAAUUGUUAGAGAUCCAUCAUGGCGUACAAAUCACACAAAUAUUAUAAUUAAAGAUGAAAAUUCAACGGAUGACAGUGGUACAAUUGAUUCAAGAACACCUGGAAUGCAACUCAGAGAAUUAUUUUCCUGUAUGAUUCAAGAGCCAAUUUGUUUUUGGCCACUGAUGAAUAUGGCAUACUGUGCACUAAUACUGCUUGGUAAAACAAUUCAAAAACUUGUAUUUGGUGAACUUAGAGCAUCUGAGAGACAACACUUGAAGGAUAAAUUUGGAAAUUUUAUAUUUUAUAAAUUUAUAUUUGUCUUUGGUGUAUUGAAUGUGCAAUAUGCUGAUGAGGUUGUGCUUUGGUGGGCAUGGUUUACUGCACUUGGUUUUCUUGGUCUUCUGAGUCAGCUCUGCAAGGAUAGAUUUGUAUACUUAUCAUUUUCACCAACAACACCAGGAUGGAGUCACGCACGUCUUUUAGGAUUACUUGGAGCAAUCCUGGCAUUGUCCUCGUUCAUGUUACUUUUAUCAACUGCAGCAGCCUUCUUUUUUGUGUCCUUCAAUACUUUUGCAUUCAUGGCAGCCGAGUGUAUUUUAUUGGCAGUAAGAACAAUUCAUGUUAUGCUGAGAUAUGGAAUUCAUCUUUAUGAUACAAGAUCAUCACCACGUUCGUCAGAUAAACGAGGACCACUUGCUUAUUACACUGAAUUAAUAUGUGAAUUAACAAUACUUGCUGUUGAUUUUUUGCAUCAUGUUCACAUGUUAUUGUGGAGCAAUAUAUUACUCAGCAUGGCAUCACUUGUAAUAUGUAUGCAAUUACGUUAUUUGUUUCAUGAAAUACAAAGAAGAAUAACAAAACACAGAAAUUAUUUGGCUGUUUUAUGUCACAUGGAACAAAAUUAUCCAAUGGCAUCAACAGAUGAACUCAAUGAAAAUUCAGAUAAUUGUGCAAUUUGUUGGGAGAAAAUGGAAACAGCUAGAAAAUUACCAUGCAGUCAUCUUUUUCACAAUUCAUGUCUUCAAUCUUGGCUUGAACAAGAUACAUCCUGUCCAACAUGUAGACUUAUUUUAAGUAUGCAAGCUAAUCGUCGUGAUAAUACUCCUGAAUUACGUACUGAAUUGCCAGAAUCACAAACUUCCGUUGGUAGAAAUGAUAAUCAUUUCUUUCAUUUUGAUGGAUCAAGAUACGUGUCUUGGUUGCCAAGUUUUUCAGUUGAAGUUACUCAUAAUCGUUUACGUGGUGAUGUAUUAACAUUGGCACAUAGUAAUUCACAAAUUGAUGCAAUGGCAAGACACGUACAACAAUUGUUUCCUCAUUAUCCAAGAAAUGUUGUACUUGAAGAUUUACGUAUUACAAGAUCAGUUGAAAUGACUGUUGAAAAUAUUCUCGAUGGAAGAUUAAUAAUUCCACAUCAUGUUAUCAAUGAGAUUGAAGAUGAACCUGCCAUUCAAAGUCAAUCAGUCAAUUCAAAUAACAUAUUAAAUACACCAACACCAAUGCCAUCUAAAACAUGGGAUUUAAAAUUGGAUCUACCAGUUGAAAAUGACAGUGUAGAGGAGCCAUUGACAAUUGGUAGUCGCUUCUCAAAAUCUUCAACUGAACGUGAACAAAUUUUACAACGUCGUAGGCAACACAUGCUGAUGACAGCUCGACGAAAAUACGUUGAGAAACAGCGAAAGUCUGAGACUGAGACAAAAAUUCCAAUAAAUAUUCAUACAAUGUCCUAAGUUAUUUUAUUCAUUUUUUAAAAUUUAAAAUAAAUAGAUUUAAAGUAUGAAAAAAUAAAUUAAAAUAAACUCAUAAUUAUAUAUAUGAAAAAGAGAAGAAAUAAAAUUCAAUGAUAAUUUUGAAUUAAAAGAUGGUAAGCUUUUAAAUUUAUCAAUGAAUAAAAAUUAAUAAAAUUUAUUAAAAUUGAAUGUGUGUAUGUUUGUUAAAAAAAAAAAAACAAAUUUCGUUAGUGUCAUAAUGUUUUUAGUAAAUAAAUGUUUUUAAUGAAUAUAAAUAAUUCAUAUUGAGUGUGAAGAAAAAUAAAAAGAGAGGUAUCAAGCAUAUCAGGAACCAAGAGCAUCCUGUGUCAUCAGUUACACAUAUUUUUUGAGAUUAAUAAAGAAAAAUAA